GCAUCGGUAGAUGUUGUAGCGAGACCUGCCACGUCAAUAAAGACACUCGAGAAUCACGGACCGCCUCUGUCGCCGUGGCACUCACCGGUGCCGUACCUUUUCGGUGGUCUUGCGGCUAUGUUAGGACUCAUAGCUUUCGCUUUACUUAUCCUCGCUUGUUCAUACUGGCGCUUGUCCACCUCCGGUGAUGACUCCGGCGAAGGAAACGGUGGAAGAGUCGACGAGGGGAAAGAGAGUCAGUCUGGAGUGAAGGCGGAGAGCGUGGCGUACGAGGAGAAGAUUCUUGUCAUAAUGGCCGGAGAUGACUUGCCGAGGUUUUUAGCCACGCCGGCGGCGAACAAAUGCAUGUGUGGUCACGAGGGUAAUAUGGUAAUUUCAAAAGCGGAGGAUGGUGGUACUGCCGAGGAGAAAAUGGGUGACAAAACGAAAGGAGAUGAAGAAACAACGAGUCACUGAGUUUUUUUUUGUUUUUUGGAUUUUACAUUUUUGCUAUUAGGUGUUUCUUUUGUUGUUGGGGGAUUUCUUGGAAAAUUUUCCAAGGAAUGUAAAUUUUACUGAGAAAAUUUUGAGUUAUGAUGAUUAAUGAAUGUUUUUGUUCGUAA